AUGGAUGAGAGCAAGCUUGGCUGGUUGAGCUCUGGUGAUGUUGAUGUUGAGAAAACAUGCGGAGGCGGAGUGAGGCUCUUGGGAGCGGUCGUCUCUUUUGCCCAGUUGGGAAAUGUGAUGUUCCCAGCUCCACCCGCGAUCUUUCUUUUAUUCCAACGUCAACUGUUUAUUUCCUCUCGAGCAUCCAACAGCCAACAGCACCAACAAACGCUGCCGCUCCAGGUUUUUCCCUGCACCGAGAGUGCCCUGCGAUGCAUUUAUCUCUGCAAGCUCGGAUGCCGCGAAAUCCACCUUGUUAUUUCAGAGCUCACCCCUGGCUUCGAUCUCAGUGGGUCGGAUACACUCUUAGUAACAGAGUCCUCCACACCGGGGAUGUCCCCGGGCGCCAACACAGGAGGAGAUGAAACAUGGGUUGAUGGCUAUCAGUCUUAG